AUGGACGCGUGGCACCUCGAGCUCGAUGAAAAGGCGGCAGAAGGGGAGGCGUCCGACCUGCCUGUCCAUCGAAAAGCCAGAAAGGUUGCCGUGCGCAUGCCUGUGCUGGACUGGUCAGUUGCUACGCGGCUCCUCGAUGAGCUGUCUUUCUGCAUGAAGGCGAUUGGUUUGGAAUGCCAGCCGCAGCUGCGAGUCCCCGGCCAGCCAGAGGAGCUUCCGGAGCUCGCGGUAGAUCUUUGGGUCGAUACCGCCUUGGAUGGGCACCGCCUCUGCGUCCAGCGAAACCAUGCAGAUCUGGCCGCCCGUUCCCAGCAGGCCCUUUUCGCGGGCGUGGAGCACCUCCGGCAGCUGCUCGCGUUACAUACGACAUGCUUCACAGGAAGCCGACUGGAAGCCGUGGAAGCCCGGUUGCCCCGGUUGCCCCGGUUGCCAGGGCUUUGUGUCCAUGGCCGCUGCCAAAGCUCCGGCGCCUUCCUGGAGCUCUGGCGCCUCGACGCGGGCGAGCGGCGCACGGCGCUCCGGCAGCUGCGGCGCUGGGGUGUGAGGCAGGUCUGGGCACCCGUUCCCUGUGUUGACGGGGCGAGCCUAGCCAGCCUUUGGCAAACGCGGAGGAUGUGUGGUGAGCUCGAAGUAGAGAUCCUGCCGAUUCUGAGCGACGCUGCGGACAUCAAGAUUCUGGCCCAGUUCCAGGGCUGUAGCCAGAUUGGUUGCCGGUGCAGGGACUCUGCGGAGCUGGGAGAGUUGUGGCGCAGGAUGAAGAGCGCCGGACUGGGCGACUCGCGGCUUACAGCAGUGCUCAGCAUAGAAGGCUUCGGCUCGCCGCAGGCUGUGCAGGAGCUGCUGCACGGAAUCACCGUCCUUGGCAUCCCGCCCACCAGGUUUGCAGCUCUGAUAGAGACAAGCAUCGAGGAGAAGGUCUUUUAA